AUGUCUGCGGAGGAAUUCCUGCAGCAUUUUGAGAAUCUGGAUUAUGUCCAGAACGAAACUUAUUGGGUGCAAGUAGCGCAGCGCCCUGGAUGGUUCAACAGGCUGUUCGAUGUGGAGUCGUACAGCGACGACAUGGUAUAUGGUCUGUGUGAGUACUGGGACGACAUGACGCCUGAUCAAAGAGUGGAUUCCACGUCGGAUUUCAAUAAGACGGUUGUCCUGGCGAAAUACUUCCUUAUUUUGGCUUACUUUUACUACGAUAUGGAAGCGGAAGAGUUCGCUGAACUAAUGGAGUACUUGGACUACGCUCAGAAUGACUGUUACUGGGUCGAGAUGAUUGAGGCAGCGCGCCGUGAUGAAGGUUCCCCAGAGUUGCCUCCCGACUCCGACUACUUUUCGGAAGGCGAUGAAGAAUCGGACUUGCAGUCUGACGAUGAUGAUGAAGAGGAUGACGACGAUGAUCUGGGUUCGCAGUCGGAUUCUGAAGAGGGGGAUUCAGAGGCAGAAGACGAUGCUGACUCGUUGCUUGGGUCGGAUGGGGGAGGUUUGAAUCACAGCGAUAUCAGCAAUGAAGAAGAGGAGGAUGAAGAAGAUGGUGAUUACGGGAACCCGUACAAAGAGUAUGAGGCCAGGGAGGUCGGUUACAAACGCGAGCAUGAUGAAGACGACGAUGAUCCGGAUGCGUACGUUCCCGAAUACAAGCGACCGCGAUGCGACUAG